AUGACAUCUACGAUCAAUCUCGGCGCGAAAGAGAUGGAGGAAUGGGCGGAACGAAUGUCUCUCCAUGAUGAAUUCAGAAUAGAAUAUGCAGCUUACCUAUCACCUGAAUAUUUCCCUUCGCCACUAUUCUUGCAACUGAGCUUGUCCCUCCGCCACUAUUUGCACGUACUUUAUUUGACCAUUACCGAGAUUCCGCCUCUCGGAACCGAGCCGUUGGAGGAAAGCAGGCACGCAGCAGUCACUCUGCCAUCUGCCUACUGCCGCGGCAUGGGUUGCCCUUUUCACUCACGUAUUCUUACGCUCUGCAGAAGGUGUCCGCUUUCGUACGACCGCGCGCUUGCCCGAAACUGCACACCCAAAGGUCCAGCCCUGAUGUCCUAUUGGUGUACCUGGUUCCUAUCAAGGAUGCAGCAUUAG